UUUUGCACAUAUCUCAGUAUGUACACCAUUUCUGCUGAUUAAAACUAGUGAGAAGAUACUAAUUUGUACUUUGUAACAAACAGACGUGGAGUUAAGGGUUAACUUCCUGGUACGUGUAACUACAGUGUACGUUGAUACAGAAACUGAAAAUUGUAGCACAUACCCAUGGCAAAUCAGAGGAAAUGCAUUGAGGAUUUGAAAGCUAUGCGCGCUUCUAUGUAUCAAUAUUAUUACGUCACUUUACCCAAUUUAACAGAGGUUCUUCUGAUGGAUGCCGACGAACUUGAUAGAGCAUACAGAGAUAUCAAGAUUUCUAAGAUCGCUGGACAAUCAGGAUGUGUCGUCGGAGGUGUGUUGUCUGUGGUGGGCUUUAGCCUUUCCUUUUUUACAUUUGGUGCGUCGUUAGGCCUUUGCAUAGCAGGAGGAGUAAUUGGCGGUGCUGGUGGUGUAACUGCAGGAGGUGCUUCUGUUGCCGAUUUUUUGAAAUCAAGUGAUACUAAAAAGAAGGCAGAAGUUCAAUUGAAAAAAGUCAAUGAUGCGAUUAGUAAAAUGCUAGAGGAUUGCAAAUCAAUUUCAGAUAUGCUAGAGGAAAUUGGUGAAAUUGAAAGCAGUUUCCCAUACUGGUUUGCAUUUUGGACAAAAGCAAUGUUCGGAUCUGGUAAAGUAGUUGCUGGAUUCGGCUGGAAAAUGGUUGCGAAUACUAUAAUUAAUGCGAUCAGAAUUAGUAAAGCGGUCGACUUUGCAACGGAUGUAUCUUCUGCCGCAGUUCCCGUAUUUCGUACACUAGGAAACGCAGCUAAAGGGUUUCAUAUUGCCGGUGGAGUUGUGAGUGCUGUAUUUCUUCCUUUAGAUGUUUACAGUUUGGUUUCAAAUUCAGUAGAAUUGCACACGAAUGAAGCUCAUGCAGAAUCAAAGAGAAUAAGGCAAACUGUAAAAGACAUACAGGAUAAAUGUCCAAAGAAAGAAGAAAUAGACGUCAUGAUAGAUAAAUGUAUAGCUGCUCUAAGCCAGUAAACAUUUGAGACUUCGGAAUCGCUUAGGCAAUAUGUAAAACGUUAAGAGGCAUUCUGAAGACUAAAUUAUUCGCUCUUAUUUAAGACUCCUUCGAGCACUCUGCAAAUCAGUUACACAUAAACAUAUGCUAAAAUGGGGGAGUUCUUAAAAUCAGUUAUCAUCUUUAAGUAUUCAUGUUAUAACCCAUUUCUUCAGCUGGAACAAUGCUUUGAAAAAUUAAUGAUGUAGUCAUUGACAGUUUCUACUAUUACAGUUUAAAUCAUAUCAGAGAGUAAGAGUAUACACUUAGUCAGAUUUAACACAGAAGUUACACAUGAUAUAAAAAUACAACCAAACCGGUGUAAUGAAGUGUUUCGACCCCCAUAGAAUAAUGACCCCGGUCAUUAUUCUAUAGAAAAAGUGACCCCCCGGUCAUAGUAUUAUGACCUCCAGAUCAUAGUACUAUGACUCCCACACGUGAAGUAAACUGAACCUCACGAAGAAUAUUGACUCCCAUAAAAAAACGACCCCCGGUCAUUUGGUCAAAUUUAGUGAUAACUCAUGUAUCUAAGGCUAAUUGCUGCAUUUUAUGCCUCCACUCGGGGAGGGGGACAUAUAGAUUUGCCCUUGUCCGUCCGUCCGUCCGUUUGACCAUUAGCCCCAGAUGCCAUCACUUGAUACAGAAAUCGGAACAUUCCGCAACGGGAAAAGAGAUUCUAUUUCUAGACGCUGUAUCUUGGUGUAUACAUUUUUUUCAGGAAAAUAACAAUUCACAAUACGUUCACAAAACACACCAGUGUCAAUAAUCCCUGCAAACUUCGGUAUGAAGUAAUUCUUCAGAAGAAAACUGCACAAGAAACUGCUAGCAUAGAAGUUAGUAUUAAUAGAAGUUGCAAUACUUAGCAGUGGCAGUAAAGUACGGUAGCGGCAACAAUAGAAAGUAGUAGUAGUAGUGGCAGUGGUAGUGGCAGUUGCAGCAGCAGCAGCAGCAGCAGCAGCAGAGGAAUAAGUGACAGCAACAACAGCAGCGGGAGAAGAAGAGGUAGAUGUACAAGACGUAUUAGUGGAAGCAGGUAUAGCAGUAUCAGUAGUAGCAGUUGUAGUAGUAGUAGUAGAAGUAGUAGUAGUAGCAGUAGUAGAAGAAGAGGUACAUGUAGUAAUAGCAAUAGAAGUAGCGGCACCAGUAGUAGUAGUACAAUCAAAAUGUUAACUAUUGGCAAUUGAGGGUAUUAGAGUUGUAGAUCUAGUAAAAUUGUCCGUUAGGUUUGGUGGGGAUCACUUUUUAAUAGAUAUUAUCGUCGAAAGUCUUUUUAGGAGCCGGUGUUUUACACGGAAAGAGUAACUUUUUUAAAUAGAAUAAUGUCCGGGAAUCGAUAUUGUAUGAGAGUUCGAAUAUACACGUAGUAAUUUCGGCAGUGAGUAUUUUACAUGGAAGGAGUCACUUUUUCUAUAGAAUAAUAACCGGGGUCGUUAUUCUAUGAGAUUCGAAGGGAGUCAUCUUUAGGGAGUCAGAAUUUUACUUGGAGGGGUCACUUUUUCUAUAGAAUAAUUACCGGGGGGUCGUUAUUCUAUAGGGUUUUCAAAGGGAGUCAGUUUUUUUAUAAGGGGAGUCAAUAUUUUAUAGGAAAGGAGUCACAUUUUCUAUAGAAUAAUGACCGGGGGGUCGUUAUUCUAUGGGGGUCGAAAUACUUCAUUACACCGGCAGUAAAAUCAUAUGAUCAUAUCAAAAUUAUUGUAACUGUUUCCCUUUCAAGGAAAUAAUGAUUAUUGUAGUAACAUUACCUUGUUCACAGAGACCUUCCGUCAAAAGAGACUUAAAAAGUAAAAAGUCGCCCCGACUUCAUCUCAGUGUUGUUAUAUUUUCUGGUCCUUCGGGAUCAUUGAUUUCAACUCAUUCAGAUUUGAAGAUUGAAUACUGCUUAAGCCGGUGCUAGGGGGCGUGGGCAGUGUUGCAUUUUCCAUCACUGCUCAUGAACAGACUCAAUCAAACCGAGUCUGCAAUUUUCACUGUUUGCCUUGUUCUCGGUGCUUCCGAGGGAUCUACUUUCCAGAUUUUAUUUAUUUUUUUUUUAAAUUUCCUUACGGAAAUGUUUCUUUUUUAAUUUAUAAUUUAUUACCAUUGAAAACUUCAAUAUUUACCUUGACUUGUUUUAUUAUCACUAAUUCGGUAUGAUAAUUAAUACAUAUACAAGUAAAUACGAUUAAAAUCAUUUGCAAUUUGAUAUCUAGAUAGACAUUAAGUACGUAUAUAAAGCUUCUAUAUCAGUCAUCCAACGACCUUGUCUAACACUUAUCUAUUGUAAAUAUUUAACUUUGUAAAUAUUUAACUUUCCGUCAUAAUUGAGAGCGUAAUGCGAGUUAGAAAUAUACGUGUU